AUGGUGGAAAUAUAUGUACAUGACGAAAACGACAGUGUCGACUUUAGACAGCCACACAACAGCGGUAAGACUGUAGCUCUAGAGGAUCUUGGAAAGAUUGGUGUGAUAUACAAGCAUAUAGCAGAUCAAGCAGAUGUUGAUAUUUUGGCGAAAGAGCGCAACUAUAAAAACAGAGACAUUGUCACUAUUAAUGUUGAUACUUUCAAAGGCGAUAAAAAUGCACUUGAGAAACAGCUCGGAAUAUUCUACAAAGAGCAUUUGCACGAGGAUGAAGAGAUCAGAUAUUGCAUUGAAGGUUCAGGCUACUUCGAUGUGCGUAAUGGGAAGGAUGACGUAUGGGUCAGAUGCAAAGUUGGUCCAGGUGAUUUACUUAUCUUACCCGCAGGUAUCUAUCACAGAUUCACACUCACAGAGACCAAUCAUAUUAAGGCACUAAGAUUAUUCAAGGAUGAACCAAAAUGGCAAGCUUACAAUAGACCUGAUGCAGACAGCCUACCCGUUCGCCAUGAAUACUUACAAUCUAUUUAA